AUGCACGAAGCAAAACAACCGCGACAUAUUGCACAAAGAAGUGUCAUAAAUAAAUUAAUAACCAAAAAUUGGGGGCUUUCACAAAAGCGUCGCGAGGAUUCUGACGAAGACGUUUGUGCUCUCAGUGAGAAUUGGACGUUCCAACCUGAGAUUCGUCGAUGGUCACGUGUUGGUGACAUGGGACCACUUGGAUUGAAUCUCUCAAAAGCUGAAACUUCAAAGACGACAUCGCGAGAGUCGACACCUGAAGAAUUUGAAAUCAAAGUGCCGCAUGUAAAGUUGGUUACUGCCAAUUAUUUAUCAGUACCGCCUGCUGGUUUACAAGUGCAAGAUCAAUCACAAGUAACAUUGAAACGAUCAGGAAGUGAAAGACUUCGCGAUGGCGCAAAAAAUAUAUUGCGACGUGUUGAGUCAAUAAAAUCAAGACGAAAGAAAAAGAAGAAUCGUGAAGGUGUUGUGAUCAGCGGACCAAUGCAAUUGGAUAUAAUGCAACUUCAUCAUCGGUUUAAUAGUCUUGCGACUAAGGAUAUUAAAGCAACAAGAUCAAAUACAACAUCUCCACUUCCAAUGAGUCCCGUUGGAAAUCCAUCAACUCCAUUAUUCUUAUUUACGGAUCCCAAAAUAUGUCCCGCAUCGGAGAAUCAUGCGGCUGUGUUUGGACAACAUCUCUCGCCUUAUACAAAAGGUCAUGUUACUUCUCGCACCAGUCCACUUCACUUCUUCUCUUCGAAGAAACCUGCCGAUGAUUCAUCAUCUUAUUGCAGUGAAGUGAGUCAAGACUCAAGUAAUGGAAGUGCUGAAAAGAAGCUUUCGCCGGUGACUCGAUAUUUUCAGAAAUCAAAGAAAACUGAUGAAAUGGGAACAUUGUCUGAUUCUGAAGCCUUCAAUUCAUCACGACAGAGCAAGAAGAAGUCACACAAGGCUCAAAAAACCAACACAUUAGUAAGAGGCGGAGGGGGUUCGUUGAACUUAGGACGUGACUCAAAUCGCUCCCGCGAUAGUCUCAAGACGAAGCGAAUAUUUCGUUCGAGAAGCGCCGUUAGACACACAACAGAACAUGAUAAGAGUCAGGAUGUAACAAUUCGCGCAAAGAGUGGAUCUGUAGUGCAACGAUGGCACAGUUUUCGUGCGCAAACAAGCACGAAACGAGAUUUCGCUGAUGGUGAAGGCGUGUCACUAUGCAAAUUGAGUUGUGGGCAAAUUGAGAAACUGAGAAAGCUGGCACUAGUCACAUUAACGGGUUACAUGGAAAGAUAUUGUCCAACACAUCGUACCGGUUGGAAUUGGGAACUUCCAAAAUUUAUCAAGAAAAUUAAAACACCUGACUAUAAAGAUAAAAAAGUUUUUGGUGUUCCAUUCGCUAUAAUUCUUCAGAAAACUGGACAUACUUUACCCAAGGGCAUUCAAGCAGCACUCACAUGGUUGAAGAUCAAUUCAUUAGAUCAAACUGGAAUCUUUCGUAAAUCUGGUGUCAAAUCGAGAAUCGCUAAAUUAAAGACAGCAAUCGAUCAAACUGAUGAGAAUAUCAUUAAAAUUUUUGAAGAUCAACAAGCUUAUGAUGUGGCUGAUGUUGUUAAACAAUAUUUUCGUGACUUACCAGAGUCGCUUCUGACAACAAAAUUAUCAGAAACUUUCACGGCAAUUUUCCAAUAUCUUCCGAAUGAAGUUAAAUUUGAGGCUUUACAAUCUGCUAUUCUUCUGCUUCCCGACGAGCACCGUGAAGUAUUGUUAAUGCUUUUGGAAUUUCUUCAUCAAGUUGCUGACGCAUCCGAGUAUAAUCAGAUGUCUGCAAAUAAUUUAGCAUUGUGUCUUGUACCUUCAAUAUUUCAAAACGGCGUUCAUAGCAACACACCGACUGCAUCACCAAGAAGAAAGAAACCUACGGGCAUUCCUGACGCAAAAGACCUUGACGAGAACCGUGCGUCGACUCAAUGUCUCACGUUUCUGAUUCAUAAUUACAAGCAAGUUUACCAUAUAUCCAGUGAGAAGAUUAACCGAUGUAACUUUAGUUAUAUGGAAGAGUCACGACCAGUGACUUUAGAAGCACUUGGAGAUACAGUUCAACUUGCAAAUUGGCGAUCUUAUUUAUAUGAAUGUGUAAAAGCGACAGUCAAAGAAGGAAGAGACAAAUCACGUGGUUGGAUGUCUUUGAACUCCUACGAUCCAAACACUGAAAUUUUCUAUCGUAAGGUUGGUGAUGGCCAUCCACUGAGAUUGUGGAAGUGUGUCACGGAAGUUGAAGCUGAACCAUUAACGAUUCUUAACAGAAUUACGAAAGAAAGACAUUUUUGGGAUAAACAGUUGUUAAAAAUGCGAGUGAUCGAGGAUUUAGAUUCACAUAGUGACAUUUUUCAAUAUGCUUGUAGUUCUGGUCAUAUCGCAACUGAUUAUUGUGUAUUGAGAACGUCAUGCACCGACCUUCCACGUGGUGCUUGUGUGACUGUUGAGAUUUCAAUCGAACAUCCUGGUGCAUCGAUAAUGUUAAACGGCGUUCGUGGAGUCGUGUUAGCCAGUCGAUACCUAAUCGAACCAUGCGGAAAUGGAAGGUCAAAAAUCAUGCAUUUGGCUCGAGUAGAUACAAAGGGCCGAACUGUUGAAUGGUAUAAGAACUAUGGUCACAUUUGUGCACUUAAUCUUGCGCGCAUUCGAGACGGACUGAAACCUAAAUCGAUAGAAUAAUAUUAUCUGAAAUAUAAUUAAGUGUUUGAAAUCGUAUUUUUUGAUAUUCUUAAGUACAUAAAUAGUCGCUGAGUUACCUGAUAUAAGUUUUUCUAUUUCGUUGAAGUUUAUCCAAAAAUGGGACCAACCAACAAACAAACAUUUUCAUUGAUAUUCAUUCUUAACUUAUCUUCCUUCUUCAGGCUUUUAGAAUUGCCGAAUACUCAAUAAGAAAACUCUUUAACCAUAAUCUCACACUUUCUGCUAUACGUAAUAAAACAUUAAAGAAUAGAAAAUGUUGAUAUAAUAUUUAAGAAAGUUAAAUAAACUUUUUUUAUCUUUCAUUGAAUAAAAACACUAGUCAUUAAAAUUUUCUCAGAUUGUUUUGUGAAGUUAAAGUAUGGGUUAGAAAGAUAUCUCGAAUAGAUCUAUGUUGUUAUCAAUCAUUUGCUAUCUACCCUAAAUAUAUUAUUACCAAAUAUAUGUAAUUUAAUCUGUUUCAAAUGAUAAGAAAAUAAAACUGAUCUUUAAACCUUAAUCAA